GCUCCGCCAGCCCAUGUCUUUCCUCCAGAGCCCCGGAGGUGCAGACCAGUAGCCUGCCAGGGCUGAAGAUGGACAGCAGAAAGCACAUACAGAAGGGCUCCUUGCGGAGAGAGCCAGAAACCCUGAGCCCACCGCAGCACAGACAGCCUUCCCCCCAGGGUGGGCCUAUGGCAGCCUGGAGCCCCCCUGGCAUGCAGAGCAGCACCCAGCAAGGCCUGCAGACUCAGGACUGGGUGGCCGAGCCCGCCGAGGUCCGGCGCCCGAAUCGCCACUGGAGCCUGAGCAUUGACGAGCGCCGGCGGCGGGCCAUGCUGGGCGGCCUGGAGAAGCCGGUGGCCGGGACCCAGACCUACUACAGGGAGAUCGCGCAGGCCGUGUCCCAGAUGGUGUCCGAGGACGUGGACAAGGACGUGCUCAUCCCCCACCCGCCCAGGUCCGCCGAGUCCACCAACGCCUUCCACUCCUUCCUGGCCCGGAGCGCGUCCUUCUGGCCCAGCGCGGCCUCGCGGCAGCGCGCCAACGAGGCGGGGGCCUCCAGCUCGCCCCCCUCCUAA